GUCUAGUUAUAAAAGCCUUAAAUAUUUCCAUCAAGUCUUGAUUGUAAGAGUUAUCAAACGUAAAUCGCAAGACACUUUAUAUUCCAGCUCUAUCAAUUCAAUACUCAAUCCUAUAUAAUCCGACCUAUCAUGGCGCCAAAGGUCCUUGUUGUCUUAACCUCCUAUGGAGAAAUCCUGGAUUCUGCCGGAAAGCCGAUUCAGAAGACUGGGUGGUACUUGCCUGAGUUUGCCCAUCCAUACGAAAUCCUCUCCAAAAGAUGCGAGCUCGUAGUCGCCUCGCCAAAAGGUGGCGUCGCGCCCCUAGACCCAAACUCGUUACAACCAUGGAUCCAAGACGACUCAUCUUCGGCCGAUUUCUUCGACAACAAAAAGGCUCUCUGGGAGAACACCGCUAAGAUCUCAGACUUCAUAGGCCGUGCUGACGAGUUCGACGCCAUCUUCUACCCAGGUGGGCACGGCCCUAUGUUUGACCUCGCGACAGACAAGGACUCGAUCGCCCUUGUGAACGAGUUCUGGGCUAAGGGUAAGGUCACAGCCGCGGUCUGCCACGGCCCUGCUGCAUUCGUUAACGUCACACUCCCCAAUGGAGAGAAUAUCCUAAAGGGCAAAGAUGUUAGCGCCUUUACCAAUGCAGAGGAAGAUGCUACGGGUAUGUCCAAGUAUAUGCCAUUUAUGCUGGAGGAUAAAAUAAAGGAGGAUGGUGCUAGCUUCCAUAAGGCUUCUGAGUUAUGGGCUCCGACAGUGUGUGUUUCUGGCAAGCUGAUCACCGGCCAGAAUCCCAGCUCAGCCAAGGGAGUUGGAGAAGCUAUUGCAACUGCUUUAGGUAAGUUUCUAAUAUGCUUAUACCUAACUACGCCAACUGACUAAGUAAAUUUAGGUGUUUAGGAUAAAUGUCGACUUGGAUCAUAUGUAAAUGGGGCGACUUUCGGUCUCCAAUGCGAACAACGUAUUUACUAAACAAUUUGGAUAGUCUAACAUAUAUCGGGGAUUUAAUUCGCAGGCCUUUCGAUUCA